AUGCAAGUUCUACUCGUCUUUCUAUCUGUGACAUGUGCCCUGUCACAUGGGGCUAAGCUUCCGCUCGGUGGAACCCAAAAUUUCGAUUUCCAGCAACGCAUCUUCGGGGGAGAAAUUGCCCAUAAAGGACAAUUCCCAUACAUUGUUUCGUUGCUCAUACGUAAGGGCAAUCAUAGUAAUGUAUGUGGUGGCUCCAUCAUUGAUCACAACUGGAUUUUGACUGCCGCUCAUUGCACACACAACGCCGAUUGGGUUCAAAUCUUCUAUGGUACAACGGAAAAAUGGAAGAGUGAAAUUAGUCAUGUUGUCAGUCCCGAUAACAUUAUUGAGCACGAAGACUAUAAUAAUUUAACGGCCGUGAAUGAUAUUGCCCUCAUUCGCACACCUCGUGUGGAGUACUCGGAGUUGAUUAAUAAAGUGUCGCUUGCCGAUCGUAGUAAUGACUAUGAAGGAGCGUGGGCCGUAGCCAGUGGAUGGGGCCUAAUUACGCAUAAUUCAACUUCAAAGAGUCUACAUUUUGUCGGCUUGCAGAUUAACGGAAAAAGUUCGAACACCAUUAUCAAUAGCAUAACUUCGGAUGGGAAAUCCUGCGGUGUUGGUGACUCUGGCGGUCCUUUGGUCACUCGUGAUGAUCCCAAACUUAUUGGUGUUACCUCUUUAGGAGGGAUGGGUGUUUCCACAUACUUUACUCGAGUUAGCGCUUAUCUGGACUGGAUUCGUAGUCACACUGGCCUAGAAUAG